GACUGAGGCGGCUGCAGAGGCCCCUGAGGUGCUGACUGGGUGGCCGGCGGGCCGCGGUGGCCUCGAGCAGCCUCUUCGGCGGCCGCGCACUCCCCGGGCGGCGGCGGGCCGCGGCGCUCAGCCUGCCAGUGAGCUGCGGCGGGCACACCCCGCGCGGCGGCGGCGACAGCGGACAGGUUAGAGUGGGGGCAGGGGCGGGCGCGGGAGCAGCCCGGGGCCCGAGAGGGAGCCCGAACCAGGCCAUCUCCAACCAUGUCCGACGAGGCGUCGGCCACCACCUCGUACGAGAAGUUUCUAACCCCCGAGGAGCCCUUCCCGCUUCUGGGACCCCCUCGCGGGGUGGGCACCUGCCCGAGCGAGGAGCCAGGUUGCCUGGACAUCAGCGACUUCGGCUGCCAGCUCUCAUCUUGCCAUCGCACCGACCCGCUCCACCGCUUCCACACCAACAGGUGGAACUUAACUUCUUGUGGAACAAGUGUUGCCAGCUCAGAAUGCAGUGAGGAGCUGUUUUCAUCAGUUUCUGUUGGAGAUCAAGAUGAUUGCUAUUCUCUGUUGGAUGAUCAAGACUUCACUUCUUUUGAUUUAUUCCCUGAGGGGAGUGUCUGCAGUGAUGUCUCUUCUUCUAUUAGCACGUACUGGGAUUGGUCAGAUAGCGAGUUUGAAUGGCAGUUACCAGGCAGUGACAUUGCCAGUGGGAGUGAUGUACUUUCUGAUGUCAUACCCAGUAUUCCAAGUUCACCUUGCCUGCUUCCUAAAAAGAAAAACAAGCACCGGAAUUUAGAUGAACUUCCUUGGAGUGCAAUGACAAAUGAUGAGCAGGUGGAAUAUAUUGAGUAUCUGAGUCGUAAAGUCAGUACUGAGAUGGGUCUUCGGGAGCAACUUGAUAUUAUUAAAAUAAUUGAUCCUUCUGCUCAAAUCUCCCCUACAGACAGUGAGUUUAUUAUUGAACUUAACUGUCUCACAGAUGAAAAACUGAAGCAGGUCAGAAAUUAUAUCAAGGAGCAUAGCCCUCGCCAACGGCCUGCAAGAGAGGCCUGGAAGAGAAGCAACUUUAGUUGUGCAAGCACCAGUGGAGUGAGCGGUGCCAGUGCCAGCGCCAGCAGCAGCAGUGCCAGCAUGGUCAGUUCUGCAAGCAGCAGUGGGUCCAGUGUUGGAAACUCUGCUUCAAACUCCAGUGCCAACAUGAGUCGAGCACACAGUGACAGCAACCUGUCUGCAAGUGCAGCAGAGCGGAUUCGGGAUUCAAAAAAGCGAUCCAAGCAGCGGAAGUUACAGCAGAAGGCCUUACGCAAGAGGCAGCUGAAAGAGCAGAGGCAGGCUCGGAAGGAGAGGCUCAGUGGGCUCUUCCUUAAUGAAGAAGUGCUGUCCUUGAAAGUGACUGAGGAAGACCACGAAGCAGAUGUAGAUGUUUUGAUGUAAUAAGAGUGAAUUUAUCAGCGUUCUUUCUAAGCAUUAAAGUAUUCUAUCCUUAUUUGUUUACAUGCAUCUUGACCAAACUUUUGGUUAGGGCUGUGCUGAUGUACCAUUCAUAAUUUAGGCCAGUGGUUCUCAGCAGGUGGUCCCCAGACUAGCAGCUUCAGCAUCACCUGAGAAGUUGUUAGAAAUACAUACUAUCGGGCCCCACCCCAGACCUAGUGAAUUAGAAACUCUGGGGGAGGGACCCAGCAUUGUAUCUUAACAAGCACCAGGUUAUUCUGCCGCCCACUCUGGUUUUAAGAACCACUGAUUUAGUAAAUGUUUUGACUAUUUAAACUUUAGGGUGGUUAAGUGGGCUUUUUCAAAGACUAGUACUUUUACAGUUUAGAGGAUUUCAAGGUACUGCUGACAAGUAGUUUACUGUCAGUAUAUGUACGUGUGUAGAGAUUAUAAUUGUUUCCUUCUUAAUGUUACAAGUUCUUAGUUUACUUUUCUAAAGGGCCAUAGCAUAAUUCUCAAUUCCUAGUGGACAUCUUUUUUUGAGGUUGUAGGGGUGGGGUGUGGAUUUCUGUUUACAAUAGUGCCUUCAUUAGGUUUAGUUGUAUCUGUUUUCAUUCAUUAUUAACUCAAAGGUGUAAAAAUAGGCCCUAAUAUCUUUCCUGUUAGGUUUGUUUUUGUUUUUCACUUUAUGUGAAUUCAGAAUCCUUUCUGUAAGUGAUAACUACUGAAGAAAUAGUGUUACUAGUAGCUGAAUUUUAGACUUGAUGCUCCAUUCAAAUGGAGAAAGCAAUUAAACAAAACAACCAAUUCUGCUUUUCCACUGCUUUUUGAAAUUUUAGGCUGUGAAGCUGUCUCAAAGGCAGAAAAUAUCUCUCUCAAGUUCUUUUUGUAGGUCAUUUUUUUUCCAGCACAGCUCUAAUUUUUAAAUAGUUGACAUAACAGCUUCUGGCAUGUGAACAGGUAAAUGUUCAAAAUUAACUAAAGAAAACCCUUACAGUUCUGCUAAACUUCUCUAUAAAUUGCUAGAAAUACACAAAGCAGUGAGAUAUAGCAAAAAAAAAAGUUAGCUUGUUAGCUGCUAAUAGAACUCUAAUUUUAAAUGUGAAAUCAUGGAGUUUCUUUAAAUGUUUUCAUGGAGAGUUUGUUAUCAUGAACUUUAGAAGUAGUGUGAUUCCUUUUCUUCUACCAUAUGUCUUUAAAUAUUCACGUGGGUUAAAAAAGAUGGAAACUGAUACUACUGACAAUCAAGCUGCUUUCUGACUUUCAUAAUUAAUUUCUUUUUAUUGUGGAUAACUUUUGAGAGGUAAUCAUGAUUCUUUAGGAGAAGUUGUAAUCGAUAUUUUUUUAAACUUUAGAGUCACAGGUUGAAAGGAUUUCUACUUUUUUUAACUUUUUAUCAUAAUCAAGUAACUUGUUAAGAAAAAGAUUAACGACUUAAUUCUUAAUUCUCAGUUGAUAUAAAGGCUUAACCUUUGCUUACAAUCAUGUGUUUUGAAAAAUUUGAUUUCAUUUUGGUUCCUUGAAGGUUAAAGAAUUGAAACUGAGGAUAAAAAUUGAUAUAUUGCAGCUUUGCUGAGGUCUGUGGUAUGGGUGUAACAUUUUGAAGACUACUAAAUUUAUACUUUAAAAUUUUGCUAAAAUAAAAGUAUGUAUGUAUAUGGUUAUCAGUUGGAGUAGUCCUUCUCACUUUCCUCUUACCCCCUCUUUGGUACUCCUAAGCAGCUUAGAGGGCCCAAAGAGAGCUUGGGGAUAGACCCCAGAGUACUCUGAGGAAGGUGGAAAGGGUCAACCUUGCUGUGUUUUCCCUUCCAAGUAUAGGAAGAGUAAAUGGAGAGAAGAGCAAAUACCGCUGAAUUCUCUGCCUGCUCUUAGCAAAAGCAAAAUUUCAGAGAAUGAUUGUCUGUUCUCUUUACCUGCUCUUCAAGGAAAACAGGCCACUUUUGAAGACCAUAGAGCAGCAUUUAUCUAUUAAAUACUUGGAAACAAUUUACUUGACAGUGAUCAGUAAAAGAAAAUCCUAAACAGGGAGUCAUGAUGUAAUAAGAACAAUUUCUCUACUCUCCCCAAAAUCACAUAGUCUUAUUACCUUAGAUUUAACUUAAGUCACUAUUAAACAAGUUUACCAAAGCACCACAAAACCAGUUUAAAAAGUUUAUACAGGUUUGCAUGUUUAUAGCAAAGUGCACCAUGAAAUUUUGUGUAAAUCUGGAUGCACUUUCUUUACGGUACUAUAAAUUAGAGAUAGUCCAUAAAGUUGGUUUGGAGGAGAUUGAAAAUACCUCCUCUGAUUAAAAGAAAAAAAUUAAAACAACUUGAGUUUGCUUAUGAUCGAAGAGGGAGAUUAUAGUCUUUCUCCAUCCCGCUCCCCCCCCCAAAAAAAAACCCAGCAGAAAAAGGCAAAAGUUCUCUUGCCUUUGUUAAUGUGAUAUAGUUUUUUUCUGUUUUAAUGCUUCAUGUAAAUAAUUCAAGUUUGAAUUAUUUCUUUCUUGGAAUAAGUAAAAUUUAUUCAAUCUGGUAUAUCUCUGAGUUCAAUUUAAAACAAAUCCAACUCAGUAUUUUUUCUUUUUAUAUAUAAACCCUAAGUAACCAAUUAAUAAAAACGUGAGACUUAUUUGCCCCAGUGUCAGUUCUCAUCUGUAGAGAACAGACACUGGAGCAAAUGUCUUCCCCUUUAAAAAUAAACCUUGUUAACUGAGGGCAUGAGAAUGUCCCCUCAGAUUUAUCCAGAAACAUUUUAUUAGAGGUCUUGUAUGUAUGUCAAUUAUAUCUCAAUAAAACUGGGAAAAAAAGAGAUUUUUGUAGAAUUCUGUCAGUCCCCACCACAGCGUUUUCAAGUAUGAACCUCGAGUUAAACAAAAUGGCAUAUCUUUUUCUACAGUUUUGCAACUGAAUUAAAGUAAGGCAAUGUAGUAUAAUGUGUAGUAGAGUAUAAAGGGAUAAUUCAUUCUGUCCCAACAAGAACUUAGAAUAAAAUAACACUUUUUUUUUCAUGAGACUUGUCUCAUUUUUUGUUAGGCUGUGGCAGUUUUGUCCGUUUCCUUAGUCCUUUGGGUUAACUGUUAUUGCUGAAUUAAACCCAGAAACUGACUUCUAAUUUAAUGAGUCUAUCAAUUGGGUGGACAUCUCAUUUUAUUUAGAAAUCUCUUAAAAGUGCUAAAUCCCCUCAUAAAGGAAAAAUAUCAGGGAACUACUGUAUAAAGGUAUCCAGAUUCUGAUGAGCUUUAAAAAUUGUGAAAUUUAUCAAAUGUCUUCAUAAUCAAGCCAAAAAUGUUAGUACAUGACAAAUGUAGAAGUCUUAUUUCCAGAUUCUCUAGUAGAGAUUUUUGUUCGUGGCUUACUCUAUAUAGCCUCACGUGCCUUAAAGGUGAACUCUGUACUUUUUGUCAAUAUCAGGCUUUUCCAAACUCAAAAAUAAUCUAAAUGCUGUAAUUCGUUUUAUAAAAUGCCCAUGCUGUUGGAUAUCAGUAAGCAAAGCCAUUAAAUUGAACCAAUCAAUGGUAAUAGGGUGUAUAACAAAACAAAAACCUUCAGAUCAUUGUUUUUUUGUUGUCGUUGUUUUUUGUUUUGCUGAGGAAGAUCGGCCCUGGGCAAACAUCCGUGCCUAUCUUCCUCUACUUUAUAUGGGAGGCUGCCACAGCAUGGCUUGACAAGCAGUGCGUCGGUGCGCGCCCGGGAUCCGAACCUUCGAACCCCGGGGCCACCACAGCGGAGAGCACGCACUUUACCGCUUCCGCCACCGGGCCGGCCCCAAACCUUCAGUUCUUAAAUUUCAUUUGCAUAAGUUUAUUUUUGGCCCAGCUGGGUCACUGGAGAACAUUGAAAGUUAUCUACAGUAUAGCCUAAUGUAUUCUUUUAUUUUUUUUUUCCCUGAAAAAGGUCAUAAGCCAGAAUACUUUGUAAAAUCAGAUAACUCUUAGUAUCUGGAAAAGAUAAUUUUCAAGGCAAAAGUAUUUCAUGAACAGAGAUUAUAUAGCAAGUUGAUGCUCUUGUUAACUUUAGGGAGUCUUUGCAUUCAUUUGUGUAAUAGCUGGAACAUUCCCCUCCCCUUAAACAAAUUACCUUUUAGCACUUUUAUCUUCAAGAAAACUGUUUGCUUGGAAUUGGGAGAAGGUUAAAGUCAGUUUACAGUUUGAGAUGGUUGAUAGGAAAAUUCCCAAUUGCAUUCAAAUAAUAGUAUUGAUGUCAGUAUUGAUACUGACAUUCAACAUAUCUAAACUUAGAGGUAAAUUUAAUCCUUAAAAGGACUAUUAGUUAGAAAAUAAAUAUUUGUGUACACAUGUACUGUGAUAACUUUGGAUUCGUUUUAAGUCUGGCAAAGUAAGAUAAAUUUUAUCUUUACAAUGAAAUUAUGCUAAGUGGGUGAGAAGCAUCUGAGAGAUAUUUAGACCUAGGCAUCUCUGUCAGCAUAGUAUCUGGAACAUAGCUCCUUAGAAUGCUUAAUUCUUAUUUCUUUGGAAAAUAAUUUACUUGUUCCAAAAGGCUUAGAAGGAACUCUGAAAAUUCCUCUGAUUAACUGGCUUUUAAGAGUAAGGAAGUUGCAUGGUAUAGCUGAAGAUCUGAGUUGACUCACUAAAAUUUUAUUUUCAUAUUUUUUCUAAUAUUAAAAUUAUUUUCAUCCUCCCUCACAAUUGUAUUUUAAAUUAAGGUUAUUAAUGUUUUAACCUAGAUCACAUGAUGGUAAAUCAAUAUUUAAUUUACAUUCAUACUGAACUCAGAAAAACUGGUUUGGUCUUCUCUGAUUUCAAUAUGCAGUACAUUUUCUUUAUUGUCAAAUUUCUUUGUUACAUCUUUGUGGUCAAUGGAACCUGUGGAAAUCUGUGUUCUUUUUUUGUGGUGAGGGAUGGGGGUAGAAAAGAGGAGAAUUGCUCUAAUUAUACAUAUGCAUUUUGACUAUAUAGAGGUAGUUGUAGAAUUAAUAUGUAUAAAUGACAAGUUAACACUUACCUAUUCUGAAUUGUUCUAAGGAACAGUGGCCUGAAGCCAUGGCUUGUUUUGUGGAGCUGCUUGCUCUUUAAUAGUAGCUGACCAAUUGGAUUUAAGUUGAGACUUUGGGGUUAGGUUAUCUAGCUGAGGCUUUUAGGAAUGGAGCAGACCAUGUCUGUUCCUGUAGUGGAUCAAUUUAAUUUCCUCCUUGAAUAUUCUAAUUUAGAUAUAGGUAUCAUCCAUUCUAAAUCUUUGUGUUGGGAGUUUAAUAGAACUGUUGUCAACAGCUAUUAAAGAGAAACACAAGUAUAUGUGAAACAUUUCACAGAUGGUUAAACAUUUCGAUUUUUUUGUUUUAGUUUUAAAGAUUAGUUAUGUAGCAUCAAUAUCAUAACCAAAGCAAGUAGGAAGUUGGUUUGGAGAAUCUUCAAGUAGUCUUAAAUACUGUAAUGUAUCAGAUUGUUAUCCAGGAUUAUUUUCCUGUAUUUCUGCUAAAUGUAUUACUAUAUUAAUGCACUUUUGUAUAUAUAACUGUCUUCUGUACAUUCUGUACUUACUACAGUGUAUAUAAAAGCUGUUUUUCCUGAAGCUGUGAGGGGAAAACAAUAGCUGUAACACAAGUCGUUUCUAUUUUGUGUUCCUUCUUGUACUUGAAAGUAGUAGUUCAGUAGUUAUAUCUAAAUGAGUAUGUAUGGUUGUAAUUAAAACUGGCAAUGUGGCAGAACUGUUUUUUGAAACUGAAUAUCAGAAUGAAAAGUGUUGUUCUGGUUAUUAAGAACAAUUGUAAUAUUUUAAUUGUUUCUUUUGAUGUACCAUGGAUUUUUACAAACCCCACUGCUGCUUACUACUUUAUACUUCUGAAUCCACUCCUUUCAUGUUCCAUCCUAGAACAGUUAUCAACAGAGAAGAAUUGCUCUCUUUUCUUUUGCUUACAGUUUGGUUAAGGCUCCAUAAACUUUUGUUUUGUGAAAGCCCCAAUUUCCCAAAUGUCAUUGGCAAAUCAUUUUUUUCUGGGAGAGACCAGAUUUCUAGAGAGAUUAGCAUUCAUAGUAAGUGAAAUUAUGUCUAACUUUUGUUUACAAAAAAUCAGUUCUGUUUUCCUUACAUAUUAGAGUCUUUUUAAGUUAUAUACAAGAAAUGUCUGUGAGCAGUUUUAUGUAUAGAUACAGAGGCAAUUCAGCUUUUCAGCAGCAACUUCAUCUCUUGCCACUAGAGGGAGGUCUGUGGUUGCUCUCUCCUUCGGAAAAUAUCUUAGCUGCUUUUCUUUUGUUUUUAAUUUCAGAGGUUGGAAUCAACCUCAUUCUCAAAAUUCCUUUCGUGAUGUUAAAUAUUUUCAUUUGUUAGUCAAAGGUAAGUUAAUUGAGCUUGUUUAAUAAAGCCAGUCUUAUUCAUGC